AUGGAUUUCCUUCUUAUCGGUCUCUGUUUAAACUGGCUGCUGAGGAAGCCCCCGGGGUUGAUAUUGUGUACGCUGGGUAUCUUUUCUAAAAUGCUUCCAGCCGUGAAUAGUGGGUGUCCACAGCUAUGUCGGUGUGAGGGCAGGCUUUUGUACUGUGAAUCACUGAAUCUCACAGAGAUGCCUCGCAACCUGUCGGGCAUGAUGGGCUUGUCUCUGCGGUACAACAGCCUUUCAGAGCUGCAUGACGGACAGUUCACAGGGUUAAUGCAGCUCACGUGGCUCUAUCUGGAUCACAAUCACAUUUGCUCAGUGGAGGGGAAUGCCUUUCAAAAAUUGCGGCGAGUUAAGGAGCUCACCCUGAGUUCCAACAAAAUCACCCAACUGCCCAACAACACGUUCCGACCCAUGCCAAACUUGCGCAGUGUGGAUUUAUCGUACAACAACCUGCAGUCGCUGGAGCCCGACCUAUUUCACGGGCUGAGAAAACUCACGACUUUGCACAUGCGGUCAAACGCCAUCAAGUUUGUGCCGGUGAGAAUUUUUCAGGACUGUCGCAGCCUGAAGUUUCUAGACAUAGGAUACAAUCAGUUAAAGAGCCUGGCUCGAAACUCUUUUGCGGGCUUGUUUAAGCUCACCGAGCUGCACCUCGAGCACAAUGACUUGGUGAAGGUGAAUUUAGCCCACUUCCCCAGGCUCAUCUCCCUGCACUCACUCUGCUUGCGACGGAAUAAAGUCACCAUCGUCGUCAACACUUUGGACUGGAUAUGGCAACUGGAAAAACUGGAUCUCUCUGGCAACGAAAUCGAAUACAUCGAACCUCAUGUCUUCGAAAGCGUGCCUCACCUCAAGUCCCUGCAGCUGGACUCCAACCGGCUGACCUACAUCGACUCGCGCAUACUGGACUCCUGGAAGUCUCUCACGAGCAUCAGCCUGUCUGCCAACACCUGGGACUGCGGCCGCAACGUCUGUGCCCUGGCCUCAUGGCUGAGCAACUUCAAGGGCCGCUACGACAGCAACCUGCUCUGUGCUACACCCGAGUACGCGCAGGGCGAGGACGUUUUGGAUGCAGUCUAUGCAUUCCACCUGUGUGAGGACACGGUCGACCCCACCAGUGUCAACACCCUGUCCCCUGUGACCAACAACAGCGACCAAAUGUUUGGCUACGGCUCGGCGGCCGCCACGGCCUACGUGCCAGAGGCCGACGAGGAGCCGACGACGUACGCCAUCACCGUGACACUGCCCGGCGAAGGCGCGGAAAACGCCGUGCAGAUUCACAAGGUGGUGACGGGGACCAUGGCACUGAUUUUUAGCUUCCUCAUCGUGGUUUUAGUGUUGUACGUCUCUUGGAAAUGCUUUCCAGCCAGCAUAAGGCAGCUAAGACAGUGCUUUGUAACACAGCGCAGGAAGCAGAAGCAGAAACAGACCAUGCAUCAAAUGGCUGCCAUGUCAGCCCAGGAGUAUUAUGUUGAUUACAAACCCAACCACAUCGAGGGAGCCCUGGUGAUCAUUAAUGAGUACGGAUCUUGCUCCUGUCACCAGCAGCCAGCGAGGGAGUGCGAGGUGUGA